AUGUCUGAUCGAAUAAGAAAACAGUUACAAGAAAUCACUUUAGGAAUUGAAGAUGAUGUUGUUGAUCUCCCACAUGACAUAUGUGCAGCAGCAAUUGAAGAGAACCGAUAUGCUUUGGUCGGUAAGCCCCUGAAUCCAAGGAAACAGAACUUGCGAGAAAUGUUGUCAGCGUUGCCAAGACUAUGGGGUGUGGCUGACGAAGUUGCUGGACGUGUCAUCGAACACCACCGUGUUCAAUUCCUGUUUCCUUCUGAAGAAUCUCUUCUUUCGGUUCUUCGUCGAGGACCUUGGUCUUUCAAUGAAUGGAUGGUGUCGCUUCAGCGUUGGUUUCCUAAUCAUGUUGAUGAUGGCUUGGAGUACAUGACUUUCUGGAUCCAAGUUUGUGGCAUCCCUCCUCAAUAUCUGACGCAACGUGUGGUCACUCGUAUCGGUCAUGUCUUAGGCCAAUUCAUCGAGACAGAUUUCUCAGUCGAAGGAUCACACAACGUUGACUAUGUAAGGAUUCAUAUUCUCUAG